AUGAACAAAAUUAGAGAUGGAUCGUCAAUUCUAAUGGAUAUUAGACAAGACAAUACAAUAAAAAUGUUCUCUGAUAUCAAAACCCAGUCUAUAUUACUAAAAGAUCAAAUUAACCUAAUAAAGAAAAAUUUGGGAAACCUCAAAGAACAGCUUUUAAAGAAGAGAACAAAAUAUGGAUAUGAUCUAAGCCCAAAAGAUAGCAAAAAUUACUUUGAUAAACAGAUACUAAAUGUCUGAAAAUUGACCAGACAACUGAUAAGAAUAUUUCUUAGAGAACGAAAUCAAGAUGAAAAUGGAUUAGAUGUUGGACAUUUUAGUCGCGUUACUCAAUGGCAAACAUAUGAUGAAUCAAACAGGGAUCUUAAAAAUGAACUUAUUUCUCCUAAACAGAAAGCUCUAUCAAAGCUUGCCCAAAUAGGCAAUCUAGUAUCUGUAAUUGACAAUUUCAAUGUGACUUCGACAAGUUUCCUUAAAGAUUUUCAAACUUAUGGGAAAUAAGGUGACUAUGUACAAAGAUCUCUACAAUAUGUUCAGACUAAUGUACAAACUACGGAAUCUCAUAAUCCAGCUGCAGACCUACUGAAGCAAGGUAAUCUGCUGUAACUUCAAGAGCAAGAUAGAUAUUCGCAUUUUGGAGAACCCAGAACUAAAGAGAAUAGUCUCUAGAAACAAGAAUAGCUCAGUGAUAUAAAGCCAAUGGAUGAGUAUGAAGUAGGCAAAAUUAGCUAUUUUUUGAGAAACAAAAUGUGCAUUCUACCCAAGCUAAAGGAGAAAUAAGAUCUUAAAAACCCAAAGGAUGAGAAGCAAGGAGUUAGUCCUUGAAAUAGACUCUGAAUCAUCUUGUUCUGAGAGAAUGAUCGAUCACAAAAUAAAAGAAGACAUAAGAGCCAGAUUAUUAUCAAAGACAUACCAAAUCCUCAUCAAAAAGCAAAUUUAUUAAUUAAUCAAUAGGAUUCUCAAGGAAGAAUUAACUUCAAGUUUGGCAAUAACUCAAUCUCCCGGCCUCACAUAGUCGAUAUCCAUACAGUAAAAGCUUUAAAAGCAGGUCUUAUGCUAUGUAGUUCAAACACCAUUCAAAAACUAUCAAGCGACCGUCAUCUCCAAAGCAGUAUCUCCAGAACUACCGUCCAGAGACCUGUUUUUCCCAAAAACCCGCACCGGAGACGCUACAGCUCCAAUGCUCCACCCCAAAACCCCAUCUCACAGGCAUACCGCAACCGGGUCCCUCUGAACCCACCUGGAACUCAGCCUGUUCCUCAAAGAUUCCAGCUUAAGCAGUCAAUUUAAAAUUUGUAGAAUUUUUGAGA